AUGGAUCCUUUUAAUUUUAUUGUUUUAUAUUAUGAUCGAAUAUAGGAGAUGAAGAUAUCGGAUUGCUAAAUUUAUAAUAGUUUAAGAAAUCUGAAAUUGAAAUUAGGAGAAUUCUUAAUAAUUCAUGGAAUUGCAUUUAAAGUGUUUUUUUUGAAUCCUUUAGAGGGUCAUCUGAAUUAAACUACAAGAAUUAUAUGCUACCCAAGUGAUUUAUAACAGAAUGUAAGCCUAUAAAAAGUUCAUUUUAUGAAUCUCUCGAAUGAAAAAAGAGAGCUUAUAACUCAACUACCCUUAAAGUUACAUAUUAGUAAAGAUUAACAGAUAAUAGUCAAUGGAACAUUGAUGCAAGCAAUUAAAUGUGUUCCAAAUGAGGGAAUUUUUACUCCAGAAACAUAAUGGAAGAUCAUUAAUUACUAAGACAAUACAAUCGAGGAGAUAUAGUUACUAAUUUAAAAUUAAACAGAUAACAACAAACAAGAGAUAUUUAAAAAAUACAUUCAACCUUAUUUUUUAGUUCCUCGAUUUAUAAAGGAAGGAUCUAAGAUAAAGAUAUAAGAUAUAGAGUUAAUUAUAAAAAAGAGUUAACCGAAAAUGGGAUUAAUUACAUGCAACACCCAGAUUUUUCUUAUUGAUAAUGAAUAAACUAUGUUUAAGUCUUUGAAUGAAGAUGACGAAUAAGCAGGAUUGUAUAUGCAGAUUAACACACUCAAGAUCUUAGAGGUUAACACUGCAUCUAGAAAUCAAUUUGUCCAGAAAAGAAAACAAUUCUAUGGGAUGAUGGAGAACUUUGCUUAAUAUGAUGAUAAAGAGAAUUAAAUUAUCUUUUCUUCAAAGGAUUUAAAUAGUAAAGGCCAAUCUAUUAAUGAGUUCCCUAACUUUCCCAAUACUUUCCUCACUAAGUUACAUAAGGAUAAUGAAGAAAUAGAAAUUGAUCUUAUGGAUUUUGAUGAAUGCAAUUUCGGAGCUGGAUUGCAUGAAUAAAAUAUGAAAUUGUCUUAAAUGACCCUUCCAGUAUUAUUCAAAAAUAUCUUUUAAAAAAAGAAACAUGGAGCAAAUCGAUAAUCUCAAUUGCAAUAGCCUGAAUAACCUAAAAGUGAUGAAUCAUUUCUUGAUUAAUCUUUUGAAUCUGAUGCUAAUGCUUAGUUAAUAAGUGAUGCAUCAUUUCUAAUACAAGAAGAUCAGCCUCAUUUAGCAACUUUGCCUAGAUACUUUGAUGAUAUAGUUUUAUUUAAUUAGUAAAGAUGGUUACCUGUAAUAAACGAUGGAAACAAUAAGAAUUUUAUUCAAUAAUUCCCUGAGAGGAAAAUAGAUCUAAAUUGGAUAUAGAACAAAGGACAAAAUAUCAAUGAGGACUUUUGUAAAUGUAUGAUAUGUUUAAUGGAUUAUACUGAUGAAGAGAUUGUUAAAACAUUGCCAUGCUUGCAUUAUUUUCAUAACGAAUGCAUUGAUUUCUGGCUUGCCAAAAGUAUCAAAUGUCCAGUCUGCAAAUAUAGAUGUGACGAAUAAGUUAAGUUUUGA